AUGCCAAACACGCCUACCCCUGCCUCUCCGAGCUUGGAACCAACCCCAAGACCCAUGCAAGCCAAGUCUAGCCAGAGCCGCCAUCAACGACUACAAGGCCUGACUACCCAGCUAUUGUGGCGUUUGCAGCAAUCUUCACCUUUUCACUCAUCCACUACCUCUAACCUUGUGGUGCCUGUUAUUCCUGAGGCAGCCCUGGAAACGGGUGUGCCCUCUAAACCAGCCCGCUUGCUCCCCGGUCUGGAAGAGAGCCAAGGUGCCUUGUAUGAGAUUGGGGUUGGCGACGAUGGUACUUUUGUAGGCCUUACGCAAGAUGAGUUGGAUGAGAGUAUGGUCAAUCUACAGGCUAUGGCUGCUAGUAUUGGGUGUAAGGUCGAGAUGCUCCGCCGAGUUGUGGUUGGGAAGUGUGAAUGGGCCGAAGUUUUGCCAUCUGCCCAGCCGUCUGCAACCGAGGAGCCAUCUGCAACGGUGUCUCCACCUUCAACGGGGGUGCCAUCUGCAACGGGGACUCCACCUGCAACGGGGACUCCAACUGCAACUGGGGAGCCAACUGCAACUGGGGAGCCACCAACACUGGGGGUACCACCAACAACGGGGGUGCCAUCUACAACGGGGUUCCAAACCAAAACCAACACCGAAAGUCUCUGGGUCGCCGAGGCUCUGGUUAGUCCCGAUCUGGACUUCUACAAUAUCUCUCCGACCAAGUCCAAUAACGACGUAAGAACCGCUGCACACCCGAAAUCUGGCAAUAAGUUGGUCUUGGACGAGGACUACUCCCACACAGAGCAGAUUCGCAUUUCUCUUCGCAGGUCCAAGCACCGCAGGAAAGACUUCUUUGCUGGGUUGAGUCUGCUCAAACAUCGGCACGAAAUCUCAUCGGGCAUCACCAGUUCGGUUGCCCAGGAGCUGAUUGGGUACACGGAUGAGGCGCCACCUACCGUGAUCAACUACGCUUCCGGCAAUGUUGCCGGUUGGGAUGAUAUUCAUGCAGCCUCGAAGGGAGGUCGUUUGGCUUUUGUGUCCGAUCUACCCGGCUCUAUUCGAUAUUUGAAAUCUACCCUGCGUGGACUUGUCAGCUGGGCUCCACAUUAUGCGAUGCUCUGCAUUCCAGCCAAUUGUGGUGCUGAGACACCCGGCAGCGAACAGGCAGGGACUGAACAAUCAGAGAUUGAUACGUGUUUGUCGUAUCUAGAACUUUGCCUGAAGUUAGAGGUUCCUGUGUUGGUUGUCAUUACCAAAUUGGACGUUGCUUCCCGCAGCGGACUACGGGACAAUCUUGGAAAAGUUCUGUCUGCGCUGAAAACAGCUGGACGACAACCUGUAAUGGUGCCUGCAUCGCCUGCAGGCGACAAACCACUUGACCUUCAGCAAGUCAGCACAUUGGACAGUACCCAAGUACAGAAAGUGUGCGCGGCUGCUGAUGGGAAAUGGGGACACACCGUACCUAUCAUGCUUACCAGUGCUGUGGAUGGUUCUGGCAUUGGAAAGCUCCAUGCCUUCCUUCGAUCUCUACCUAUUCCCACAAUACCCCCUCAAAGAACUCUGCACAUCCCUAAAGGGCUGCCAACACCCUCUCACAGCUCCGCCAACAUCUUCGAUGUGGAUGAAGUAUUUGCAAUCCCUCCCUCCAAAGUCUAUUCACUAGACUCAGAGAAGGGCGGGCAAGAAAACCGCGGCAUGGUUCUCUGCGGGCUAGUCCGUCGCGGGAAUAUCUCCAUAGGCGACGAAAUGGUCAUUGGGCCCAUCUUAGUGGAUGUCCCAAAUGACCCAGGCAAUGAGCCCCAAGGAGGGUCACUGUCCCGCAGUGGGCCCGGCCCCUCGGGAGAUUUCCCGGCAUCCUUCCCGCAGACCUCAUUGUCCGGCAAAGAUUCACAAGCAAGAUGGCAACGUAUCCGCGUUGUCAGCGUAAGAGACCUCCGACUCCCCGUCCGCCGCCUAAUUAGAGACCAAGUCGGAACCAUCGGAAUCGAACCCAUCGGCAUUUCAGAAGACGGCCGUCUACCGCGUUUCGGCCGGAUCCGCAAGGGCAUGAUUCUCUCAAGCUUCCACGCCCCACUAUCGCCCCCAAAUGAUACCCCGUCUGGCUCCUCGUUAUUAGCGCUACCCUUCCACACAGGCUUUACCGCCACCUUCCGAUCUACUGAAUUUUCGGCUCCAAAUUCACCUCCACUCUUGCUUGGCGGGAAUGCUAUUGCCUACAUCGCCAACAUUCGAGCUACCGUCCGUGUCAUUUGUAUGGCGUUGACUGGGACUGGGGAGGAAUUACCUUCCGACCCGCCUUCUCCGUCAGAGCCUGAAUUUUUCAGCUUUGACGGCGAUCCCCAUUCUCCUAAUGAGAAAUCAAACGGCAAUCCUACGACAAGCAAUACCGCUGACGGCGCGGGUGAUGCAGUUCGCGAUAUCAGCAAAGUAAUGUCUGGCGUUUCCUCUCCUUCCGUUGUUGGAGCUGCUUCUUCUGCGGAGGCCCUGAAAGAGGACGUCCAUAUUACCUUUGCGUUAGUGUCGUCUGUUGAAUGGGUGGAACUUGGGUCUCAGGUUUUAGUUAUGCCUAGUGUCUCCAUAGCGUCUGCUCCGUCUCAAUCUGGGGCCACGGUGGCAUCUGCUGGAUCUAGCUCUGCCUCUGGGACGAUGCCCAUAUCAGGGUUGGAAGGGUUUGUGGGGACUAUCUGUGAGGUGGUCCCUGGGAGAGUCCCAGUUGCGGAGAGCUAG